CCCGUCGCCAAAGUCGCGUGCAUUGGUUUUUGUGGGUAAUCGAGGCACGGUCACACCUACGUCACGAUAACGAUAGCCCGUCGCGACUUGCGAUAGGCAAAAAACGCAGCUAAAAAAACCUCAAAUAAUGUGUCUCAAAUAGCAUUUAAACUGUGAAAAUAUCUCAUAGCUAUUAGCUCUUUUUAGUUUUCGAAUAAUUGCAACGAACAGUUUACCCCCACGCGCUCCCCUAUCUACCCAGUUGCUUCAUUUUGCAUUGUUCUCCACCCACCCCAUUGUUGUUGCUGUUCUGUUGUUGUUGUUCCACUUGUGCAAGGACAAGUGCCGUCCUUAAAAAGGCGCAACAAUUUACCCCGCGCGCAACAAGGUGCCCAGACCUGGUUCGAGGGUUGAGUCGAAAGAAAAUCAAUAAAUAGUAACGAAAAAGUGCAUGCAAGAGUGUUGCUGUUGCUGCUGCUUCUGUUACUAACGUUGUUUGAGGCCGCCACUGACUACCAAACAAAACCCAACACUAGCCCUACUAUUAUGGACAACGCAGGCGACGACAGCGACAACGAUGUGGUCACCGAUUUCCUAAACUCCAACUGCAGCGAGACUGAGCCCAGGACUGCGUCCCUGAUCAAUGGUGGCUCAGCGGCGCGCGUUACUGUAGAAAGCCAAAACUACUGUAUACCUGUUAUCAACGCUCCUGUUCCUGUUUCUGUCCCAGUGGCAGUUGCAGUUCUACCUCUGGCGCCAACUUCGGCACCUGCUCCUGCUCCUGCCUCUCUCAAUAAUAACAACACCAGCAGCAACAACAAUAUCCACAAUAUGAUUCCCAUUAUCAAUGUAACGCCGCACAGCCCAGCCCUGGCCUCGAAGUACAACAAUAUAUUCGAGGACACCCUCAGCCAGCUGCAGAACAUCCGCGAAUCGGUGGUGCAGAUGAAGAAUUCGUCCUCCAGCGGCCAUCACAUGCAGGAGGGCCUCGCCAAUCAUGGCCUGCUCAGUGCCGCCAUUCUCAGCGCCUCGUUGCCUGACCUCAGUGGCAGUGGCCCUAGUGGCAGCAAUGCCUCCUCCCACUAUGCCAUGUGGUCCUCCACGGCGCCCCAACAGUGUCUGCUGCUGCACACGGAUCGGCGAAAGUCAUGGACGGCUGUGGACGAUGCCAGUGCUGGCGGGGAUUGCACCAACAAGAGCGUUAGCCUCUCGAGCCUGGACAGCGAAGAGCAGGAGACGAUUCGCGUCACCGAGCAGCGGCGUCGCUCAGCACGAAACAGCACUGGAGGCAUUUCCACCCACUCCCUGAACGAGGCGGAACUGGCCCGCGACUUUGAGCGGAUAGCGGCAAAGAGGAGUCUGGCCACGGAGAUCAUCAGUCGGAUCCCCUUGCAGAAGAGCAUCUCGACGUCCUCGAUCAUAGCUAAGGAGGACAUCAAAGCCUUGGCCCGCCACCUGACAGACAGCGAGGAUGAGAAUCAAAGCCUGCUGCGCUCCCAUGCCAAGAUCGAGGUCUACGACAACGUAGAGAAGCGACCCAAACGCGGAUCCCUCUUCUUCCGCAAGAAGAAACCCAAGGCCAAGACGAAGUCUCUGGUUGGGGGACAGCUGAGCGCCUGCGACUUGUGUGGGGCGAACAUCACGCUGUCCCAGAUCAAGGAGCAUCACCUGGAGUGCAAGUCGAGGAGGAUGGCCGCGGGGGGCCAGGACUACUACGACGGGCCGGAUGCGACCACCUUCAGCAAUCCGGAGGACCAGCCGCUGAUAAGGUCUGAGCUGCAGUUCCUCAACGAACCGCCCAUCGAAGCCCAGGACCUGGGAGCCGAUCCUGCUCUGGGCAUUGUCCUGAAAGAGCACGACUCAUGGACUCCUGGGGUGCCCAAGGAGCUGCUCAAGACGCUCAAGGAGCUGCAGAUCAAGCGACAGGAGCACAUCUACGAAUUCAUCAUGACCGAGAAGCACCACUGCCAGACCCUGAUCGUCAUGCAGAAGGUGUUUGUGGAGAGCCUGGAGCGGCACUUUCCCGCGCUCAACCUCAACAGCAUGUUCCCGCGCCUGCAGCAGCUCACCGACCUGCACACCUGCUUCCUGCGCCACCUGCGCCAGAAGCAGCGGGAGCAGCCCGUCGUCGACAGCAUCGCGGACAUUCUGCUGGACUUCUUCUCGCUGGAGCAGGCCCAAUGCCUGCGGCUGGCCUACGGCGAGUUCUGCGCCAACCACCGCAGUGCCCUCGAGCAGUUCAAGCUCUGCCUGACGGAGCCCAGUUUCGCCGAGUGGUACAAGCACUGCCUGCAGAAUCCGCUGCUCAAAAAGAAGGGCAUUCCCGAGUGCAUUCUGUUCGUGACUCAGCGCCUCACCAAGUACCCGCUGCUGAUCGAGCCGCUGCUGAAGAGUGCUCGCGAUAACAAGCUGGAGACGGACAAGCUACAGCAUGCCCUGAACCUGGUCAAGUCGCUCCUCGUGGACGUGGAUGCCUGCGUGGCGGAGAAGGAGCUGCGCGAGCGACAGCUGGAGAUCUAUGGGCGUGUGGACGCCAAGUCGUUCUCCAUAUACAAGAACAAGCCCUUUCGCAAGGCGGAGCUGGGCGUGGCGUCGCGACGACGCCUGAAGUUCGAUGGCCUGGCCACCCUCAUGCAGGGCAGGGCCAAGACGCAGCUGGUCCUGGUGGUGGUGCUCACCGACUGCCUGUGCUUCCUCAGCGAGAAUUCGGGCCACAACAAGUACAGCUUCUUCACGCCCGAGCACAAGGCCGGGGUAGUGCCGCUGCAGAAGCUACUGAUCCGCGAGAAGGCCGGCACCGAGUCGCGGGGCAUCUACAUCAUCAGCUCCAACCCGGACUUCCCCGAGAUGUACGAACUGAAGGUGCAGACCCCGAAGGACAAGAACGCCUGGAUCCAGAGCAUACGCCAGGCCGUUUUAGAUUGCCCGGCCACGGACAUCAUCGAGGCCGAGGACCUCACUGCCGAGGAGAAGCUGAGGAUCGGCGUCAACAAGCGGGAGACCAUCGAGAAGAUGCGACAGAAGGACAUCGAGCAGGCCCUCCUGCUCGAGGAUAAGAUGAUGCUGCAGCUCAAUCUGCUCAAGGAGCAGCAUCCGUUCGGGGACGUGACCGGCUCCUCCAACGGCAGCGCCGCCAACUUCCUGGCCGCCCUCGGCUCGUACAAGGAUCUGGUCAGCGCAGACUGCGACACGGGCGAGCUCUGGCGCCGGGUCCUGAACACUGUGCAGGAUAUCAGCCAGCUGGCGUCCACCAUCUACACGGCGGCCACGGGUCUGCCCGUCUCCCGCACCCUCAGCAGCGUUGGCGAGAAGCAAAGCGACCAAUACGCCUCCCCGACGCUGCCCAAGCGGGCAGAGACGUUCGCUGGUUUCGAUGAGAAGCGGGGCAAGCUGGGAUCGAAGCUGGUGCUGACGCCACGACUCCAGGAGCUAGAGGAGACCAAGCGGGAGACCAAGAACACAGCGAGUGCAGGUGCAGUGCAAGUGGCGGAGGAGCCACUGGAGAGCAACUACGCCGUGCUGCAGGUGUCGCAUCAUCUGCACACCCUGCUCUGCAUCAUCUCGCAGCAGAUGACCAGCAUCCAGAGCCUCCAGCUGCAGCUGGCCCUGUACCGGGAGAGUCCCAGGACCAGCGCCUACACGCACAAGGACCAGCUGGAAGAGCUGCGCAACCUGCAGGACAAGCUGCAGGAGGAAAAGACCGCCUGGCAGCGUCAGAAGUUGCAACAGCAGGAGGAGCUGACCGAAAUGAGGGCCCAGCAGCUCCAGUUGCAGCAGGAGAUCAAGGCCGAGCAGGAGGAUGUGCGCCAGCAGCGGGAGCAGCUCUACCGCAAGAUGGAGCUGCUCUCUAGCCAGGGUCUUCUGCUCUCUCCCAGCACCCCGCUGCCGCCCAUGCCGGUGGCCUCUACUCCUGCUCCGCUGGGAGACGACAGCCACGAGACGGACAACGGCCUGGGCGUGAGCGUGGCGAUCGGAACCCCCAGCCUGGUCGGAACCGCGGACCGAAGAAAGGAGAAGUGGCUGAGCGGCUCCUCCAGCUGCAAGACCCCCCCAGUCAAUCUCCUCAGCGCCAACAAUGCACCCAAGGCCAAUUCGGGUCUGGUCAAGCAGAAGCUGCCCAUGAAGCUCUCCUCGCUCUCUUCCGCUGGCAGCUCUCGCGUCGAUAAGUCCGCCAGCUUCAACAACAGCUCCUCAGCCUCGCCAGCCCCCUCUGCCGGAAGCGUGCAGCAAAUCUUCCCCCUCAAGUUGGCCGAUAAGCGGCAAGCGGCGGCGGCGGCGGCGGCCACUCCCACUCCCACUGCAACGACUUUGGUGCCGCAGCACUCGCGCACUGGCAGCUCUCCGGCGAUUAUACAGCAGACAACGACAGGCACAGCCACAGCCACAGCCACACCCCCCACUGCGGUCGUGACUAGAGCAGAGUCCGCCCACUACAGCCAGAGGACGCCGACGAGCAGUCGAACGGGUGUGGGACGCACAGGGGGACACGCGGGGACGGGCACGGCUCCGCGAGCCAAGCCCGAGGAGGAGGAGAUCUAUUUCUGACACCAGUUCACGCCAGAAGUCGAAAUCUAAGGUCAAAGAUGUCCUAACCUAUAUAUAAAUGUGUAGCACGUUCUGCGUUCCAAUCCGAUAGCUUCUAUAAAUGUGUGUGUCUCCCAGCUGUUGUCCCCUACAUAUCCUGGCCAAGGCUGAGGAAUGUAUAGUCUUAGUGAUCUUAUUGUACUUAAUAGUAUUAUAUUCUUCGCAUCCUUCCAGCGCAUCUCAAAUUGUUCAGUAAUGUAGCUUAACUAUUUAUUACCUUACGUUUAUUUAUAUACAUGUACUCUUCGGAAAACAACAUACAUCGUGCAUGUGUGUGUAUAGCCUUACGAAUUUCAAAUGUUUUCCACUCAAAGAACUGUCUUUCAAUGUCUACGACAUGCGCGCAGGCGAGCCCUGAAGUCUGAGCCCUGUGCAGCAUCCCUCUCCCAAAAGUAUAUAUAACCUUAAUGAAUUACAAAGCAUUCCAUUUGAAACUCCAAGCUAUUUUCAUUCAGUUUUCUGUUUGCUUAAACUACGAUACACAAUGUACAUAAAUACAAUUCUCUCUGUGUGUGUAUUUUACAUAUCCGUAUCCGUAUCCCUAUCCCUAUAUCAUGUUAUAUAUAUAUAUAUAUAUAUACAUAUAUAUGUAUGCAUCUGAAUGUAUGGACAACUGAAGCUUGUAACCAAUUAUGGAGGAUCGAUCCUUCUGAUCCCUCACACCUUUGCAAUAUUUUAAGCUCGCUCCAAUAAAUGUUUAAAAACACUAAA